CUACGUCAUUUAAAUGGAGAAUGGACCUUAUUUGCCACCCAAAACUAUGUUCUGAAAUGCAAAACUAUUCAAGCCUUGAACCUAAAGAUCUUCACAGAUGGCCAAUAACCUAUGUGCCAGGUAACAUUCCAUGCCAAUCUUGAAUGCCAAGAAGAAGUCACUGGACAGCAAACCUCUUCCAGGAUCAGAACUGGGCUAUUGGAGUAACCCGAGAAAGAAAAAAUAACUGAAGCCAUGGAAAAAGGAACUAGAGUUCGGUCUACCUCUCCUCCCGAUGGAGGCUGGGGCUGGAUGAUCGUGGCUGGCUGUUUCCUUGUUACCAUCUGCACCCGGGCAGUCACCAGAUGUAUUUCAAUUUUUUUUGUGGAGUUCCAGACAUACUUCACUCAGGAUUAUGCACAAACGGCUUGGAUCCAUUCCAUUGUAGAUUGUGUGACCAUGCUCUGUGCUCCGCUUGGGAGUGUUGUCAGUAACCACUUAUCCUGUCAAGUGGGAAUCAUGCUGGGUGGCUUGCUUGCAUCUACUGGUCUCAUCCUGGGCUCAUUUGCCACCAGUCUGAAGCAUCUCUACCUCACUCUGGGAGUUCUUACAGGUCUUGGGUUUGCACUGUGUUACUCUCCAGCGAUUGCAAUGGUCGGCAAGUAUUUCAGCAGACGGAAAGCCCUGGCUUAUGGGAUCGCCAUGUCCGGAAGCGGCAUUGGCACCUUCAUUCUGGCUCCUGUGGUUCAGCUCCUUAUUGAACAGUUUUCCUGGCGGGGAGCCUUACUCAUCCUUGGGGGCUUCGUUCUGAAUCUCUGUGUUUGCGGUGCCUUGAUGCGGCCUAUUACUCUGAAAGAGGACCAGACAACUCCAGAGUUCAGUAGAACUCAGAAACAAGACUUUAAGCGAGUGUCUCCCUGUUCCACUUUGACUAAAAAAUGGGUGCACACCUGCCUCUGUUGCUCUUUGCAGCAGGAAUACAGCUUUUUACUGAUGUCAGACUUUGUGGUGUUAGCCAUCUCUGUUCUCUUUAUGGCUUAUGGCUGCAGUCCCCUCUUUGUGUACUUGGUACCUUACGCUCUGAGUGUCGGAGUGAGCCACCAGCAAGCUGCUUUCCUUAUGUCCAUACUUGGGGUGAUUGACAUUAUUGGCAAUAUCACAUUUGGAUGGCUAACUGACAGAAGGUGCCUGAAGAAUUACCGGUAUGUCUGCUACCUCUUUGCCGUGGGACUAGAUGGGCUCUGCUAUCUCUGCCUCCCAAUGCUUCAAAGUCUUCCCUUGCUCGUGCCUUUCUCUUGUACCUUUGGCUACUUCGAUGGUGCCUAUGUGACUCUGAUCCCCGUAGUGACUGCAGAAAUAGUGGGGACCACUUCUUUGUCUUCAGCGCUCGGUGUGGUAUACUUCCUUCAUGCAGUGCCAUACCUGGUGAGCCCACCCAUCGCAGGACGGCUUGUUGACAUGACUGGGAGCUAUACUGCGGCAUUUCUUCUCUGUGGGUUUUCAAUGAUACUGAGCUCUGUGUUGCUUGGCUUCGCUAGACUUGUAAAGAAGAUGAGAAAAACCCAGCUGUGGUUCCUUGCCAAAGAAUCUGACCCUAAGCUGCAGCUAUGGACCAACGGAUCGGUGGCUUACUCUGUAGCGAGAGAGUUAGAUCACAAAGAUGAGCAAUCUGUGGCUCUAACAGUGCCUCGUUACAGCCCCACACGGCCAGUGGCUUGA